UAGGAUAGUGUCUGCCCCUAACAUGUCUACCAAGAGUACCUUACAACACUUCGCUACCGAAGAUACGACAACACCUAGCCCAGAAUGGCUAGAAUAUCAACGUGAACGCUUCGGCAACACAAAGAACAUAGAGAGUUUAAAAAAAUUGCUUGAUCCUUCUUCACAACUCUUAAAAAAUAAGCCUCUGUUAGAUAGAUCAGACCAGAACGUGAUGAAGCAGGAAGCAACAACAAAUCAAAAGGAUAAUGCGCAUAGUGCGACAACAGUUGAGCAGGUACCAAAUGCGGAUGAACCGCAGAAGGCCGAGGAAGUAAGUGACGACGAGAGAGAAGAAGAUGAAGAGAUAAGAUCUAAACAAGAAAGCACGAAUAUUUUUUCUUAUGUGGUAGAAGGCAUGCAAUAUCCAUCGUUGCGAGGAUUCCUGAAUUUUUUAAAAAGUGUACAGCGUAGCUGGGUCAAGCAAUCAAGAUUGUCGAUCGAACAAAAAAUUAAUAAAUUAAAGCGAUUGAAAAAUAAAAUGAUGCACUUAAUUGAAGAUCAAUUCAAUAUGAUUUGGACGCCAAAGGUACAUAUGCGCCGCAAACGAGGUUUAUUGGAUGAAUCCAAUCUCAACUUUCCUCCAGAGGCAGCCUUAAUUAGUAUCAACUUUUUGACCUUCGCGGUUUUUUUAAUUAAAUUGGUGCUACAAGUGGUGCACAUAAUUAAAAGUAAACAUUACACUCUGAGUGGAUUUGGUUUCAGUAGUGCCGAUACGAUGACAAAAGCUACAUAA